ACAAGCAAGCGACAACAGCGAAGCGAACCCAAGCUAUCUUUGUCGUCCGACUUCUGUUCCACAGGACCUACCAUCGUGGGCACCGGUCGACUCUCUUGCUAGGAUUCCUCCACCUUCGCCUGCAGACGUGACUGAACCACGGAGCCAAUGGCCUACGGGUUUGGGACGCGCCAAAUGAUUUACGAAGAAUGCACAGAAGAUUCGAGCAGUAGGCAAGGUGAUCAUCGGAAGCUCUUGCUCUGCCUGAUUGGCUUGCUGGCGAUAAUCUCGAUGGGUACUUUUCUAACAAUACAUCUGGUCUACAAAGAUUCAUCACACGCCUCCACAGACACGGCGACCGAAAUCACACUGCCUCCGCUUCAGCUCCCGCAGCCUUCCGUGCCAGUAACGAGUCCUUCAACGAGCAUAACCGUGCAGCAGCUGACCAUGGUGAAGGCGAAGCCUCCUUCCAUUGACAUUGCUCGAUUAGUCAGUGUCGCUGACCCGACGUGCAGCACGGUCCUGUGCCACUUCCUGGCGCAGUGGCUGCGAUCCAAACUGGACGACACAAUAGACCCGUGCCAAGAUUUCUACCGCUACGUGUGCCGCACCUUCGAUGGAAGGGACCAAAUCAGCGAUGUCGUUUACGCCAUUAAACUGACCACCACAAAUUAUGCCCAAUCCACGAAAGUUCCAGCUACUAGGCAGACGUCGUGGGAGAAAGCAGCUGGGCUGUUUCAGGCUUGUGUUCGUUUCGCAAAGUCACACAGGAAAGAGACCGGAGAUCUCGUGGCCUGGAUGACGUCCCUGAACCUCGACCUGGCAAACGAGACAAGGUUGGCCAAAGUACCCGUUGUGGAAACGAUUGUGCGCUGCGCCCUCCAUUUCGGCAUCCACGUCAUCAUCUCCAUCACCUUCAGGCCAUCAUUGUUCUACAAAUACAAGAGGGCCAUGCUGAUGGAAUACAGCGUCGAACAAUUGCAGUCGCAACUAGGGCGUUGGAGGAUUCCACGAAACACAACUCUGGUUAAUUAUAUGCAGCAACUCCGAUGGUUCAAUGUCGACCCUUCUCUCGAGGCGCAGCUUGCUGCUAGGAUCAUCGAGUACGAGCAAGAACUUAGCGAAAUCGAGAGCUACUCGAGAUCACGUGGAGAACGCUACCGCGUUGGCGAAAUUCGUGGACUUGGCGCAGUGACAAAGCCACACAUCGACAAAAGAAUGUGGAUUAAAUUGUUUUCCAAGUACACGAAUAGGACCUACCGCGGUAACGAUAACAUCGUGUAUAAGCUGGAGCCGCUCAGAAUUCUCGUGACUCUCAUCACGCACCCUUCGGUCAGCUACAAGGGACUCCGUUACCUAAUCGCUUGGAGCGUCUUCAGGCAGAUGGUGAAAUACACGGAACCCGAGUUGCUGGUGGGCGGAAGAAGAGUUGACCACGCUUGCUACGACCAUGUCCUCAAGGUCCUGAAGUUGGCGCUCGUGAGUCCUUUCCUCCAAACAGUGAUCAAGCCAGGUGCGAUAAAAGAGGCUAACAGGACGGUGAACAAGAUCCGAGAAGCUUUUCGCUUGGCCGUGAAGUCGUCAAAGUGGAUCAAAGGGAAGGCACAGAGAGUCGCUCUACGAAAGCUCACCAACAUGAAACAGUACGUCGGGAGUCCUGGAAAGCGUCAUGACCAUGACUUCGUGGAGAAGUACUAUGAAAUGUAUCCGGACGUGCCUCUCGACCAGUUUUUCACUCCGUGGAGAAAGGCUUUAUCAUUCUCCGCCUAUCAAACGUGGACCGACCAGACGACAUGGCUCUACGAUGAAUCGGUUGUAAACGCCCAAUACACACCUUUCUACAACUCAAUAAUCAUCCCGACAGCGCUGCUCCAACGACCCUUCCUCUUUCUCGACGGUCCAGCGGCCCUCACCUAUGGUGGUCUCGGGACGAUAAUUGGCCAUGAGAUUAUGCACAUGUACGACGUAUCCGGCCUGACAUUCGACGAAAAUGCCGAGAAGCGAGUCUGGGUAACGCCAGAGUUCCAAACGGAGUACGGAAAAAGGGCGGUCUGCCUGCGCAGAUCAACCAUGGCUCUCCGAAAACGGCUGGUACGGCAGGAUAUUGCGAACGAUGUGCUCGACUCGGAAAACCUGGCCGAUUUCGUUGGCACUGCAGCAUCGUACUGGGCCUACACGUCACUGCCAGCUCACGAACGGGAUGUUUGGCUGUUGGGCCUCAACAUAUCAGCCGAACGUUUGUUCUUCAUCAGCCACUGCAUCAAGUAUUGCUACCACUACAGCGACACCGAACACUUGCGCUACUCGCCGUUCCACGUGCGCUGCAUGGCGCCACUCGCGAACAUGCCGGAAUUCUCGACCGCCUUCCGCUGCCCCCCGGGGUCCCUCAUGAACCCGACGAACAAGUGCACCUUCUGGUCGUAAAAGAAUGGAUGCCACUGAAGUGUCGCAGACUGUUCACUCAAAGAAACCUUGUAACCACCACGGCGGCUAUAGCAUGGCACCUAAAUUCUUUCUGGGAAGGAACGGACUAACGGAGCUCUUUAAUGUAACCAUAGCACUAUAGUGACGGUGUAACAGCCGCAGAUGCAGAACUUGUGCUAUAGUGCACUUCUCCGUUU